AUGGAGGUUAAAAGUAUUGUCCCGGUGAUUGACAUGCAACACCCUGGUGGUUUAGCCGAGAAAAUAGUGAAAGCUUCGGAAGAAUGGGGUUGUUUUAGGAUCACAAAUCAUGGGAUCUCAUUAGAACUCUUGUCGGAAAUGAAGGUUGUUUGCCGAUCUUUAUUAGAUCUUCCAUUGAAAAUCAAGCAAGGAAAUGCUAGCCCUUAUUUCCAAGGCUUGAAUAUCGAUGAUGUUUCCUUUCCUGGAGUUGCCGAUGAUUUCUUUUCUCAAGUUAAUGCUUCCACUCUACAAAGGUAA